GUCAGGUGACCCCUUUCCGUCACGUGAUCUUACCGUCCAGAGCGCUGUCACAGUUGUCAUUGAGCUGUUUUUCCUUUACAUCGCCUAUUAAUACAAGGCUUGCAAAGCUUUAACCCUUCCAUAAUGGCAGGACGCGGUAAAUUAAUCGCGGUUAUCGGCGACGAGGACACUUGCACUGGGUUCCUCCUGGGAGGCAUCGGCGAGCUGAACAAGAACCGUAAACCCAAUUUCCUAGUGGUGGAAAAGGAUACGAGUAUCACGGAGAUUGAAGAGACCUUCAAGAGCUUCUUGGUCCGUAAUGACAUCGGGAUCAUUCUGAUCAACCAGUUUAUCGCCGAAAUGAUCCGCCAUGCGAUCGACGGCCACAUGGAGUCCAUCCCUGCCGUCCUAGAGAUCCCGUCGAAGGAGCACCCCUACGACGCGUCCAAGGAUUCUAUUUUACGCAGGGCCAAAGGGAUGUUUUCUGCAGAAGACUUCCGAUAAAUUGUUUUCUACAUCCAUCCAGUUUAAACACACAGCACACACACAAACACGCACAGCACAACACACACACACGCACACACUACACAUAACACAACAAACACACACACUCUCUCUGCAGCCUGGAAUAGGGACGGAAGGGUUCAAUAUUAAAAUAGAUGUCUAUAAAUUAUACGUACUUUGUCACCGCCCAUCAUUCCCGAUUGACGUGUUAUUCUUUAAUUGCCGUUAAAUGUCCAACAUUAAAUGGCCCUACGCUUAAGUAUGUAUGUCCCACGCAGUGUUUUGCGUUCUUUCGUUUCUGUUUUAUUUGGAUUAUUUUAGUCCCUAUAUGGUUGUAACCAGGAAAUGAGGAAUGUGUCUCAAAGAUCUGCAGCGCAUGCGUCUGACUCAUGACCGCCCAAAAUGGUUGUGUAUGUUUGUGAAUCAAAAGCACGUCUUUGACCCUUGAUGUUUACAGAUUUAUGUAUUUUCCCCGUUUUGGAGUUAUUCCUCUUGUUUCUUAAGCUUUAAGUGGACGUCUAAAUCUACUGUAUGCAUUGAUCUUUUCUUUGUUGACAACCUUACAGUGGGAGUCUGUGGAAAUGGAUAAGUGAUUGUUACAGCUGUAUUAACUUAUAUCUGGAAAAAAUACAACACAAAAAAUAAAUUAUUUGAUGUUUGA